AUGUUCCCUCGAAGCGGGCCAGUCCCAUCCCACCGAAUCACCAAACGGGUCAUCCCCCUCUCGAAUGCUCCCCGUGGUCCAAAGCUCCGACGCAUGCUGCCCGUCGGCACGCAAGUCAACCUCCCCGCUGGAAAACCAACGCAUCGUCCACAGCUGCUGAAGGAGGUGGCGAACCCUUGGGAUCAGUAUCAACAAGGCUUUAACCUGGAUCAGGCUGGUCCGGGAAUCCUAGUUAAUGCCAAAAACGAUUCUUUCGACGAGAUGAUUGCCAAGCGAGCCGAGGUUGAUAAUCAGGAAUGGCUGUCCAAGCUGAAGCCGAUUGCACAUAAGAAUAUCGUUAAGCUGUGUGAAGCGCUCUAUCACGAAGGGGCAAUUUUCCUCUUCUAUGAAGUUAUGGAUGUGUCACUUGCUGAUAUAUUCAGUACACCCUAUGGGAUCCUGCGGCCCUACCAGGUCGCAGCGUUCUGCAAAGAAAUCUUGAACGGAUUGGAUUUUCUUCACGCUCAGCAACUUGUGGCGGGAGAGCUCUGCGCGGAAAAUGUUCUUCUCUCCGUCAACCCAGUGGCUGUUAAGAUCGGAAACAUCGGUGCUACCAUGCUUACCCAUGCAGCCCUCAAAGUGGCCCAGGAUGAUAUCCGUGCUCUGGGCCAAAUUAUUGUUCGGUGCUUGGAGGCACCCAAUGCUCUCCGCGGCGCUGAUGCCUUGACCCCUGGCAGAUGGGAGGCUGCCAUGAGUGAGUUCCAGAUGCUCACUAAGACGAGAUCAGUAGCGGAGCUGCUCCAGCAUGGUUUCGUCCAGCGGUCGCCAGGCCCCAAAUGCCUCAGACUGUUUAUCCGAGCUGCGCGAGAGUCGGCGCCAAAGAGUGUGGAGAUCCGUCCUGAUAGAGAAGAUAAUAUAACUAAUCAAAUCUAUCCCGCGCCUCACGCUCUGGAGUCACGUGUUUGGAACACGCGUGGCAUCAUCGUGGUUCUGCCGCUGGAUCGUUCGGCCCUCAAGAAUUUGCUCCCAUUGACUCAUCCAGGGAGGCGAAAGGAGCCAUUUACCGCGCCGUGGGGAGCUGGCACAUAUGCUCGUGGAGAGUACAAGCGGUGGAGGUGGCGAGAUUUUGAAGUCACAGCGUCCGGAUUCGCGCCUUCUUUCCUCGGCGGGUUCAGGGUUGUUCGGGAGAAAGUCCUUUGGUCCAUACUGCUCGAUGAGCCCCUCCUUCUUCAAUCGACAGUCAGAAGACGCAGACAAUGUUGGGCCGCUGAAACACUUACUACAUCUUCUUCCUUGGGCGGAAACCAUGUACUCGUUGGGUGGGAGUUGUAG